ACUCCGCCCAGCAAUCAGACCAGCUCAGCUCAGCACCGUUCGCAACCGCUAGGCAACACGAAGACAACCACCGCGCCGAGAAAAGCAUUGCAUAGCCACACUCUUCUUACGCAGCCCAACACGUACGCCGUUCUGCACUCACACGUUCAAGACGGUCCGGAUCGCUUUGUUCAUCUGUCCAAGAGCUUCGUUCAGCUUGCGCAACCAACAAAGCUCCCAACACUGCUUCCCCACCACAACCUGUGCAUCGCAGGGAGACAUACGGUCCACGCGGCAAUCAAAUCGCAGAGAUGACGCUCGCCGAGGAGUUCAAGUCGCGGAAUUUCAGCAUCUACGGGCAAUGGACGGGAGUACUGUGUAUAGUCCUCUGCUUCGCGCUCGGCAUCGCCAACAUCUUCAAUGCUAAUUGGGUCAUCGCCUUCAGCAUCGUAUGCUUAGUAUGCGCCUUCAUCAUUAUAUUCAUCGAGAUCCCUCUGCUCCUCCGCAUCUGCCCGACCUCGCCUGUGUUCGAUAACUUUAUCCGCAAGUUUGCGACCAACUACAUGCGCGCCGCCAUUUAUGCCAGUAUGAGCGCCGUACAAUGGGCCAGCAUCGCAGCCAGAGCCACUAGCUUGAUUGUUGCUGCCUUCUUUUUGUUGCUCGCAGCUCUCUUCUAUGCGCUGGCUGGCUUCAAGGGCCAGGCUUUCCAGGGAAGCAAGACGCUGGGCGGACAGGGCGUUGCGCAGAUGAUUAUAUAAGGACCAUGAUCCGGAUGAGUUGGUCAAGAAUGGCGAAACGUACCACUUUGUUACUGUGUCUGUGUAUUGGUCGUAUAGGGAGCUAGGAAGUCGUGUUUUGUAUGAUCAGUUGUAGCUGGGCGUUGUUUGAGGGUUGUUUUUCGACGAGCUUUCCGGACGAUGGAUUAAAAGCGAAAGCGCAUUGGCAGGAUCCAAUUGAUUUACCGUUAUCAUCCAUUUGAUACU